AGAUAAUUGUUGUUAAAUAAUAUGAAUAAUAACAACUUAAAUAAUGAUGACUUUCCUUUCGUAAAUAACAAUCGCAGAAGUGUUGGCCCACCCAAGCUUAUACCAAUUGGAUAUCUUCCUAAUCCAACGUCAUUUGGUUCUUUUCCACGAUUUCCAAAUCCAUUAGCCACAAAUGAACGACAAAACCAUAGACAAAUGCAAUUGCCAGUACGGGCAAGCACGGGGAGUCGCAGAAGUCGACAUUUUGUUCCAAACGAAUGCAAAGAUGAAUAUUACUGGAGGAAACGAAAGAAGAAUAACGAAGCAGCAAGAAAGUCCCGAGAAAAGAGAAAAACAAUUGAUUCUGUGUUAGAAGACAAGGUCCUAUUUCUAAGCCAAGAAAACUUAUGUUUAAGAAAUGAAUUGUACGCUUUGAAGGUUAAAUAUGGAGAAAUUGAUGGAACAGAGGCAGGUGCAAAUAAUCUUUUGUCAGACAAAGACCACACAGAUGAUCUAUCUAUGUAUUCCAUGCUCCCAUCCCCAUCUAACAGCCUCAGUGAAGUAGAAUGCAAAAGUUCUUCAAACAUGUGUCAACGAGAAUCCACAACACCACCAGUCAUUUACCCAGAGGUACCCAACGAAAAGGAUGAAUUAGCGAUGCAUAAUUUGCACAAAAUCUCAGAGCUUCACACCAAAACAGCAGAUGGCAAAUUUAAAGAUGAUGAUUUUGAACCCACGCGUGAAGUAAUCUGCCAAACAAGGGAACCUCAUUCUAUUCUAUCAAACUUAGCUGCUGGCAAGUUUGUCCUCACGUCAAUUGAUUUACCUGAAAAAAGUCCAACUCAAGGGGUUGAUUUGACAAUAAAAUCUGCUGCAAGAGACUCUCAAGCUAUAGCUCAAAACUCUGUUCCAGGCUCAGACUGUGUGACUUAUGAAGCUGCGAGCGUUCUGGUUGACCUGUUAAAAAUGUCGCAGAAUCCACAAACGCCAGAGAAAAAACUAGAGGAUGAAAGUGGCAGCAAAUAUAAUUCUAGUCUUCCCCACAAGUUGCGAUUUAAGGGAAGAAACUUAGAUGUUUAGGAUUUGGUGGCUAUAAGGAAUUACACGCACACUAUACACAGUAAUCUUCACAUGGCUG